GACAUGAAUAAGCAACCAGCCAGCAGCCUGGAGGCCGCGGCGCCGGGCCACCGGGACAGCCCGUGCGCGCCCAGAACGAGCCCGGAGCAGGAGCUUCCCGCGGCCGCCGCGCCGCCGCCACGUGUGCCCAGGUCCGCUUCCACAGGCGCCCAAACUUUCCAGUUCGCGGACCUGCGAGCCUGCGAGGCCGAGCGGCAGGGAGCGGGGUUUUGCAAACUCAGUAGCCCGCGGGCGCAGGCAGCCUCGGAGGCCCUGAGGGACUUAAGCGAAGGCGCGCCGGCUCCUGGGGCCGCUGGGGCGGGCAACGCACUGCAUUGCAAGAUCCCGGCUCUGCGCGGCCCGGACGGGGACGCGGACGCGAGCGUGGGCAAGGGCACGCUCGAGCGGAACAGCACUGCGGCCGUGGGCUGGGUAAACAUGAGCCAGAGCACAGUGGUGCUGGGCUCGGACGGAAUCGCGUCGGUGCUGCCGGGCAGCGUGGCCACCGCUGCCGCCCAGGAGGACGAGCAAGGGGAUGAGAAUAAGGCUCGAGGGAACUGGUCCAGCAAACUGGACUUCAUCCUGUCCAUGGUGGGGUAUGCAGUGGGGCUGGGCAAUGUCUGGAGGUUUCCCUACCUGGCCUUCCAGAACGGGGGAGGUGCUUUCCUCAUCCCUUACCUGAUGAUGCUGGCACUGGCUGGGUUGCCGAUCUUCUUCCUAGAGGUGUCUCUGGGCCAGUUUGCCAGCCAGGGGCCAGUGUCCGUGUGGAAGGCCAUCCCAGCUCUCCAAGGCUGUGGCAUCGCGAUGCUGAUCAUCUCUGUCCUAAUAGCCAUAUACUACAAUGUGAUCAUUUGCUACACACUUUUCUACCUGUUUGCCUCCUUCGUGUCUGUGCUGCCCUGGGGCUCUUGCAACAACCCCUGGAACACGCCAGAAUGCAAAGAUAAAACCAAACUUUUACUAGACUCCUGUGUUAUCAGCGACCACCCCAAGAUACAGAUCAAGAACUCAACUUUCUGUAUGACUGCCUAUCCCAACUUGACAAUGAUUAACUUCACCAGCCAGGCCAACAAGACGUUUGUCAGUGGGAGUGAAGAGUACUUCAAGUACUUUGUGCUGAAGAUUUCUGCAGGAAUUGAAUAUCCUGGUGAGAUCCGAUGGCCGCUAGCCUUCUGCCUCUUCCUGGCUUGGGUGAUCGUGUACGCAUCCCUGGCUAAAGGAAUCAAGACUUCAGGAAAAGUGGUGUACUUCACGGCCACGUUCCCGUAUGUCGUGCUGGUGAUCCUGCUCAUCCGGGGAGUCACCCUGCCUGGAGCCGGGGCUGGCAUCUGGUACUUCAUCACCCCGAAGUGGGAGAAACUCACGGAUGCCACGGUGUGGAAAGAUGCUGCCACUCAGAUUUUCUUCUCUCUAUCUGCUGCCUGGGGAGGUCUCAUCACUCUUUCUUCUUACAAUAAAUUCCACAACAACUGCUACAGGGACACUCUAAUUGUAACCUGCACCAACAGUGCCACAAGCAUCUUUGCGGGCUUCGUCAUCUUUUCUGUCAUUGGCUUCAUGGCCAAUGAGCGCAAAGUCAACAUCGAGAACGUGGCGGACCAAGGGCCAGGCAUUGCAUUUGUGGUUUACCCAGAAGCCUUGACCAGGCUGCCCCUCUCUCCGUUCUGGGCCAUUAUCUUUUUCCUGAUGCUCCUCACUCUUGGACUCGACACUAUGUUUGCCACCAUCGAGACCAUAGUGACGUCCAUCUCCGAUGAGUUUCCCAAGUACCUGCGCACGCACAAGCCGGUCUUCACACUGGGCUGCUGUGUUUGCUUCUUCAUCAUGGGCUUUCCAAUGAUCACGCAGGGUGGAAUUUACAUGUUCCAGCUUGUGGACACGUAUGCUGCCUCCUACGCCCUCGUCAUCAUUGCCAUCUUCGAGCUCGUGGGAAUCUCCUACAUCUACGGCUUGCAAAGAUUCUGUGAGGACAUAGAGAUGAUGAUUGGAUUCCAGCCCAACAUUUUCUGGAAAGUCUGCUGGGCGUUUGUAACUCCAACCAUUCUAACUUUUAUCCUGUGCUUCAGCUUUUACCAGUGGGAGCCCAUGACGUACGGCUCUUACCGCUACCCUAACUGGUCCAUGGUGCUGGGAUGGCUCAUGCUCGCUUGCUCCGUUAUCUGGAUCCCAAUUAUGUUUGUGAUAAAAAUGCAUCUGGCUCCUGGCAGAUUUAUUGAGAGGCUGAAGUUGGUGUGCUCGCCGCAGCCAGACUGGGGUCCAUUCUUAGCUCAACAUCGCGGGGAGCGCUACAAGAACAUGAUCGACCCCCUGGGGACCUCGUCCCUGGGACUCAAACUGCCAGUCAAGGAUUUGGAACUGGGUACCCAGUGCUAGUCCAGCGGUGUGGAAUGAUCCAGUCUUUAAUCCUGUGUGUUCUCUCUGCCUCCCCCUAAGAUUUUUCCCAGGCUCCCUCUCAUCCUCCUCUCCAUAUCUUGGUUCACAACCAUGCAUGAGUGUGGUAGAAAAGUAGGACCUAGUACCGCCUGCUAUAGUGAGAGCUAUAUGGACCACUUGAAGCGCUGUUUGUUUGUGCUCAUGGUGUCAGUUUCUAGAAGUGUUGGUCUCCUGAGCACAGUCUCAUCCCUUGGGGCCUCAGUGAGUGCUAGGAGAUGUACACAGUUUGGUUAGCAGAGGAGGAUCUGCUGUGUUUUGUCACUGGGGUGCCAGGCAUAGAAGGGCAGAGUUUCAGGACUGUGAAUUUGGACACAGCAGCAUUGCAGAACUGAGCUGCGUAAUGCAGUGAUUUCGUUCAGGCCUCCGAAGCUCAGGACAGGAUACAUUUAGAGGGACAGCAGUGGCCAGACAUUGUUUUGGAUAUAAAGCAAAGCUGGUCCAUUUGGACACUACUGAGGCUGGUAAGUUCAUAUUUUCAGCCGUCACCAGAUCUGUUUCCUCAUUUGGAGCAAGGACACUACAAACUCAGAUGCUCUGCUCUUGUACACUAGGGGGCUGAGUAAAACGUCCAUUCUUUGCCCUUAGACAUCUUUUCUUUUAAUAACCACACUUGUGAGAUCUUUUGGUCAUUUCUUCUCCUCCCUGUACAAGAAGCCAUCUUAUAAUUUGUGCCUAAUUUUGUAUGUUCACAGUAGAGCUCCACUAUGCUUUCUAUGUGAUGCUUGGUAUCGUGGUUCAACAUCAUGAUCCUUUGUUUCUUCUCCUCUAAGUGUCUUCCUAUAAGCUGUAGAUAUGUUGUCUUUCAACCUCUGGGAAAACAAGACUUACCCUGGUUCUGUCUAUAUAUUAUAUAUAUAAGACAUAAACUCUUAAAAGACAUUAAAUGCCAAUUAUGGUCAUAGAGAAAUCAAAGACGUGAAGAAUUUAAGGGAAAGGAACCAUAAUAUUCACUGCACUGGUAGCACAUCUUAGGUCACUGUGUUUACAGAAAUUUCAGAUAAAUGCAGCUUAGGUAAGUAGUGAGUGAUCCAGAUAAGACUAUAGCUUUUAAGACUACAUUUAGCCAAUUCAAUUUCAAGAGUUUCCUAUUCACAGCACCCAUUGUAACUGCACUCUAAUGAGAGCGAAUCACGUGUCUGCAGAGAUCGAAGAAGCCGUAACCUUUAUUAUCUUCUUGUAUCCUGAACAUGCAUUUAUGAACUUUUUAAAAUGUGAUACGUGCUUAUGUAGUGUGUACUCGUAGUGGUGUUUUCCGUCCUUAUAAAUAUCUUAGGAAUCAUUAUAGAGAUGGUGAGUUUAGAAUAGUGUAGUCUGGGCUUUUUUUUUUUCUUACAGUAUUAAUAUCUAAGCUUAAAAUUGUUUCCUCCCCGGGAGACCAUUUCAAUCAUUUUCUUACUCAUCUGCCUUCAUAUAAAGGGUCUCAGGCAAAGUUUUCAGUUCAAAUCUUGUAUACUGACGUGACAUUUUCAUCUUGUUCAGCAGCAAUGAAACCCAACAACAGAUUUUCCUGUUAACAUUUUAAAAAGAUGAUUUCAUUUGUAUCUGCAAGUGUCCGAACUAUUUUUUCUAAGCACUUUCCUUCUUUUUAGGGCAAAGAGCAUCACCAUUUGCCAACAAGGCUGUGAAUGUCCAGGUUUGCAGAGUAGCCCGUGAAAGGUGUUGGGAAAAGAAACACAGAUGGGUCUGAAUUGUAGAUUUUCAUGUCUUUCAUCUGGAGUAUGUUUUCCUUCUCUCUUCCUUUCCCUUUCCCCUUGUCUCCCAGAGCUAGACCUUGCUGACUCUCACAAAAACUGAACCUGGAGCUUCUAAACUCACUUUCAGGAAGUUGAGGUGUGACCUUGCCUGUCCAGUGUUUGCUGUUAUGAUCUGUCCGCUAUCAAAUUUCCCCAAGGAAGCCAUAUGGAUAAGGAACCUCCAUUCCCUUCCACAUGUCACAGAGUGGUACCAAAAUUUAGUCUGUACAAUUGAUAAAGAGAGGUGGGGCAGAAUAAUAAGACUUUCCAAUCCAAAGGUGGAAGGAAAGAUCUCAAACUGAUUAGCAUUCUCUCUUGGGAUUGGUAUGUUCAUGUCAGGAUGAAUGGGCUUUGGCUUUCCUUUUGCCUCUUGGCUGAAACUGAGUCUGAUGCUGGACAUCAACCUUAUUUCUGCUAAUUAAUACUUUUGUGACUAAAGGGAGGGAGGGCUCCCCCACAUGGAUACCGCUGUCUACAGACUGAAAGCUAACUCCAUUGUGAGAAUGGAGACCCCCUCCUUAGGUAGUAUUUGGGGAUAGUUAUACAGUAUUUGUGUCUCUUAGGAUUUGUCCAGAAAAACACAGUAGAUGCUUGGUAAACAGCUAGGGCUCCCGUGCCAACCUCUGUUCCUACAUUUUUCUAAUUUCAUAUACAGUUUGCUUCAAGAGACUUGCUCAGGUGAAUGGUUCUGGACUUCUCUGGAACUGGCUAGCUUUUAGAUUUGGUUUUGUCAGUUUUACAGCCAUGUUGGAGUUUGAGGUUUUCUCUGACAGGAUGGUUCAGUGUCCCAGGUGUGUCAAGUUGUCAUGUAUCUGUAGCUUUGUGCUUCCCCUGGACUUAGCUUGGGUGCUCACAGCUGAGAUGUAUCUGACCAGAUGGAUUGCUCCCAUGCUAUUAAAAUGCACCAUCAACUGGAAGAAAAAAACAAAUGAACAAAAAUAAAUGAAUAGUGUGGUUAUCACCUGCCACCCAAAGGGUUCCCUUCAAACUGGGGAAACACUGAGUUGCUUAGGAAGUACUUCCAAUGGGUCACUGUGUAAACUGGUUGGUUUUUCAGUUAUGAAAUUAUUUCCUAACACCAACAGAUAUCAGAAACCCUUUCAGAGAAAAACAAGCCAUAUUGAAAAACAGUAACCCUGUUAUUUCCUUAAAAGAGAAAAUAAUGUAUAUUUCUUAACUAUUGGUGUUGUGGCUUCUUAUGCAAAUAUUUGUCUUGUAUACUAGUAACUUUUAAUCUUUGUGUCACACGCUGCGUUUGUCACGUGCAAAUAUGUCUUUGGUAGUUGUUUCUUUGUUUCCAGUAUAUUUAUUUAUUGCAUGAAAUCUGUGAUCAAUGCAGAAUCUGAAUGACCUCAACGCCUUUGAAAUUUCCAAUGUGUUUUUAAUACUAAGAAAUGUAAUCAGCUUGUAUUUCUGUGAGCAGCACCUUACAAAGAGUGUAAUGCAAUGAUCUUUGGGUGAGACUUGAGGUGUCUUUAUGCCGCAGUGGCGUUGGGAGUUGAGUUUUGUUUACGUUUUUGUCCUAACAUCUCCAUGUGCCUCGGCGCUUCCUGUCCACCCUCUCCUGUCAGCAUGGUUUCCCGUGCCUAAAUGUUUUCUUCUCUCUCUGUUUCCAUGGCCAUCAGUCACUGUCCUCUUCCUAGGGGCUUGCACAACCACUGUUACUCAGUACAGGUGGUGGCAAGAUCAUACCGCUGUGGUCGCUCCUGGGUUUGCACUUGCGACUCGCUUCUUUGAGGCAGAUGACCUGAGUGAGGGUGCCCUGCGUGGCAGGUUGUCUUGCAGCGACAAAAGGCCAAGGCCAACAAAUAGGCAUUUCCUGUGUUUCACGCUGGGUAUCACGAGGGAAACCUGCGGGCUGGAAGCAAAGGCAGGUGAUUCCAUCUGGAUACGCAUUUUCCCACAAAGUGGGCCUGAGAUUUGGAAAGUGAAGCUUCCAGUCUUGCCCAGAUUUCGCUUUGGUUGUCCAGGAAGGCCAAGGAAUUCUGAAUUGUGGCCUCUGCUCAGGUCGCAUCUGAGCAGCCUGUAGCCAAAGAGAAGGUGUUUUCAGACUGUGUAUUCAUCACCUCUGAAAAGCAAGCACUGGUUUGAUCUGCCUGCUGUGGAUGAAAUACAUCUUCAGGUGACCAUUUGCCUUAUAGGUGUAUUUUAUUGUUAGGGUGAUACUUAGUAAUUCUCUAGGAACUGUUUUGUCUCUCAUUUGUUGGUCUUUUUUUGCACUUUAUUAUGGACCUAUCAAGGAAUAGGUUACUUCUUAAAUUGUAUACUUGGAUAUUACCCUAAAUGCAAGCAUCUUAUGUGGGUACUGUGGCCCAUGAAUAAAGAUAUGUUCGCUAAUCAGGUCCUUAUAUUUUUUCAUUAACUGUACAUGAAGAAAAUAUAUUAUGUUACAAGUGAUGCAUCACAAGUAUCUUGUAGAGUAUGUAUUAUAUACUGUGCAUUAUUCACUUACAAAGUCAUUAUUCUUGAGGCCCUACCUCAAAUUUUGUAUUUAUGUGUAUAAAUGCAAUUUAUUGUAUUAUAUAUUUGCCUAUUAUAUACAGAUAUAAAUUAGAGUUUAUCCGAAUAAUGUAUGAGCCCAAAAAACCCUAAA